GUUUCUUACCAAAAUAAAUGAAAUAAUUAACAAUUAAAUAGUAAUAUUCACUCAAGUUUCAGUUUUAAAUGGAUUAUGGUUGCCCUUGAUACACUUAACAAUUACUCUGAGUUCUGCCUUUGUAAUUGAACAUGGGGAUAAGAUACGUAAAAUUUACUGUUUCUUUUCCUUCAUCCAUUCUCUUAUCUGCAGGCAUGGGAUCUUUGGACAAGUCAUAGGCCUCUGGAACUGAUGGAUCCUGGGCUACGAGACGUUUCGUCUGACGAUCAACAAUUGAUAUACAUCCAAAUCGGCCUUCUUUGCGUUCAAGAAUGUGCAACUGACAGGCCGACCAUGACUGAUGUUGGUUUGAUGCUGCAGAAUAAGGAACGCGCCAAUUUACAGUCCCCAAAAGAACCAGCUUUCUCAAAUGUGAGAAGUGUGGGAAAUUCAGACACUUCUCUUGGCAGCUGCGAGAAGUGCUCUGUAAAUGAGGUAACAGUGUCAGUUAUGGAAGCUCGCUGAAACUUCAAACGUCGAACUUGCAUUGUACAAUUUACUACAGUAAAUAUGUACCACAAGGAAGAGAGAGAUUCGAACCUGAAAUAUGUAUUAGGGACUCAGUCUUUUAGUUACAGAAAAAAGUAUUCAUUUUGUUUCGAAUGUAACUGUAUAUGAUGGUGGUUCUCCCUUGGAAUCUAGUCUGGCUUAAACUUACCAAGGAAAAAAUAGCUUUAUUUCUA